UCCUAUACACUCAAUACGAUGCAUCAAAGCGUUGCAUACAAAUAAUAAAUAUCCAUUGCCUGUUUGUCAGUCGACGGUUCAGUUGUCAAAUUUAUUAUUACAAAAAUUACAUUUUUCGUGCAAGGCGGGAAUCUAUUUAUUUUCGUUUCGUAGGCAACAUCACCAAACUGUUAAAUGGUUCGAGUGAAGAGACCGCUGCCAAAGGAUGAAAUUGACGAACCUGCGGCCAAAACAUCAAAACUUCAAUCUGCUCGACGUAAGUCGUCCGGUAUUGAGGUACCGAAACGACUAACAAUCAUCGGCAAUCUGUUGAGCUGCGGCCAAAACGAAGUCGGACAACUGGGACUCGGUGAAGACGUACCCGAAAAGACAAGACCGGCCCUCGUACCAAAUGUGUCAAAUGUGGUCGACCUGAAGGCUGGCGGAAUGCACAGUCUGUAUUUGACCGACGACGGUAAGAUUUACUCGUUCGGCUGUAACGACGAAGGUGCUCUGGGCCGAGACACAUCCGUCGAAGGUUCCGAACACACACCCAGCCCUGUCGAUUUGCCUGCGCCAUGUGUCAAAAUAAGCGCCGGAGAUUCACAUUCGGGAUGCUUGUUGGACGAUGGCAGAGCGUUUGCUUGGGGAUCGUUUCGUGACUCGCACGGUAACAUGGGCUUGACAUUGGACGGAAACAAACGUUUUCCAAUCGAAAUUGUGCCGAGCGUUAAAUUCGUUGACAUUGACUCCGGGGCCGAUCAUCUGGUGUUGCUCUCGAAUGAUGGUCGAGUGUAUACGGUCGGCUGUGCGGAACAAGGCCAAUUGGGUCGGGUGUCGGCACGGUCUUCGUCUGGGGAAAGUAGACGUGGAAAGAGACAGUUACUCGUACCGGAAAUGGUCAAUUUGAAGCGAUUGAAGGCUGAUGCUAUCUUUGCGACUACAUACUGUACAUUCAUACGGGUGCAAAAUGGAUCGGCCGAGAACAUACUCGCCUUCGGAUUGAACAACUACUGGCAACUUGGACUACCGAAAACGGACGCACCACUCUUUACUCCACGGCCCACGAAAUUCACCAACGUUAAGUCGAUCGUCGGUGGCCAACAUCACACGUUAGUUCUGACGAACGACAACAAAUGUUGGGCAAUUGGACGGAAAGAGUACGGCAGAUUGGGCAUUGGCGAGGUGGAAAAUGACGUGGAUGCACUGGUUCCCAUCGAGACAUUGAACAACGAGAAGGUGAUUCAGUUGGCGUGCGGUGAAUCGUGUUCGUUUGCAGUGACCGAAAAUGGCAAAGUGUUCGCAUGGGGCUUCGGAUCGAACAAUCAAUUGGGAACCGGAUCGGACGAGGACGCAUUGGUGCCGACAUUGUUAACAGGACAACAGGUCAAGGAUAAGCAAGUCAUUGCCGUGGCCAGUGGUGGUCAACAUACGCUAUUUGUUGUAAAAGCUGAUUCGACGAAAAAUGGGGAACCGAACAAGCAGAAUGGUGGACCGAAAGUUGCAGCCGCUGAUACAACGUCAAAGAAGAAGAAAUAGAAUUCCCACACACUGGUCGUCACACUCUGGAAAUUUGUUAUUUUUUUUGAAAAUAUUUGUAAUUUGAGCUGCACUGUCGCUAGAAAUAAAUUUCGUUUUUGAAUCAAAUAAAAUUCAGUUCGGUCGGUUUGUUGUCAUUAAAUUGAAA